GCGCGUCCGCCUCUCGCCAUGGGCAAGGACCAGGAGCUGAUGCAGGCGGUGAAGGCGGAGGACAUCGGCGCGGUGCAGAAGCUGCUGCAGAGGCCCAAGCCGGGCAAAGCCAAGCUCCUGGGAUCAGCCAAGAGGGUGAAUGUUAAUUUCCAAGACACCGAUGGGUUCUCUGCCCUGCACCAUGCUGCCCUCAACGGCAACAUAGAACUCAUCUCGCUGCUGCUGGAAGCCCAGGCUGCUGUGGAUAUCAAGGAUAAUAAAGGGAUGCGCCCUUUGCAUUACGCGGCCUGGCAGGGCAAGAAGGAGCCCAUGAAGCUGGUGCUGAAGGGCGGCUCAUCAGUGAACAUCCCAUCGGACGAGGGGCAGAUCCCUUUGCACCUGGCGGCCCAGCACGGCCACUACGACGUGUCAGAGAUGCUCCUUCAGCACCAGUCCAACCCGUGCAUCCUGGACAACUCCGGCAAGACGCCUCUAGAUUUGGCUUGUGAGUUUGGCCGUGUUGGGGUGGUGCAGCUACUCUUGAACAGCAACAUGUGCGCUGCGCUGCUGGAGCCCAAGCCGGGGGACAUCACGGACCCGAAUGGCACCAGCCCCCUGCACCUGGCUGCCAAGAACGGGCACAUCGACAUCAUCAGGCUUCUGCUCCAGGCUGGGAUUGACAUCAACCGUCAGACCAAGGCGGGCACCGCCUUGCACGAAGCGGCCUUGUGCGGCAAGACGGACGUGGUUCGCCUCCUUCUGGAUAGCGGGAUCAAUGCUCACAUCCGAAACACCUACAGCCAGACGGCGCUGGACAUCGUCAACCAGUUCACGGCCACGCAAGCCAGCAAGGAGAUCAAGCAGAUGCUACGGGAUGCUUCAGCUGCCCUGCAGGUCAGAGCUGUUAAAGAUUACUGCAACAAUUACGACCUGACCAGCCUUAACGUGAAAGCUGGAGACAUCAUCACGGUCCUGGAACAGCAUGCGGACGGACGGUGGAAAGGCUGUAUCCAUGACAACCGGACCGGCAAUGACCGCGUCGGCUACUUCCCAUCCAGCCUGGUGGAAGCAAUCAGCAAACGCACAGGUUCCCGAGGGUCCGAUGCCAGCCCGUCCCACCUGUCCCCAUCGCAAGGCGGAUCCGCGACCACCCCGGCUCCAGCUGAAGAGAUCUGGGUGCUUCGCAAACCCUAUGCAGGUGGCGACCGCAGCAGUGUGGGCAGCACUGGGAGCGUGGCCAGUGGCCGGAGCUCAGGCAGUGGCCAAAGCACCGGAAGUGGUGGCCAUGCAGCCCUCCAUCCUGGCUCAGAAGGUGUUAAGCUGCUGGCAACUGUCCUUUCCCAGAAGGCGUCUGUGCAAGAAUCCGCGGUGGGCGACGGGCCUGCCAAAGCCGUGGAGACGCCCGCAGGUUCUUCGCGGACGCCAAGCUUGGGCAGCUCCUCGUCGUACCCCGGCCAGCCCUAUGGUGAGCAGCAGCUGAAGAAGGUGGAGCCCAUGUCGGAGGGGAAGAGCUCAGAGGCUGUCUACCAGUGGCUGUUCAAGUUUCAGCUGCAGCUGUAUGCCUCCAACUUCAUUAACGCUGGGUAUGACAUCCUCACCAUCAGCCGGAUGACACCAGAGGAUCUCACAGCCAUUGGGGUCACCAAACCAGGACACAGAAAGAAGAUUGCAUCAGAGAUCAACAGCCUAAAUAUUCCUGAGUGGCUACCAGAGUACAAACCAGCCAACCUAGCUCUUUGGCUCUCCAUGAUUGGGCUGGCACAGUAUUACAAGGUCCUGGUGGAAAAUGGCUAUGAGAAUAUUGAUUUCAUCACUGACAUCACCUGGGAAGACCUGCAGGAGAUUGGCAUCACCAAACUGGGCCAUCAGAAGAAGCUGAUGUUAGCCGUGAAGAAGUUGGCGGAGAUCCAGAAGGCAGAGUUUGUCAAGUAUGAGUCCGGGACACUGAAGAAGAAGGGGGCGCCCCCGUCCCAGGACACAAUGGCCAUCGAGUCCCCGCAGCAGGAGACGGCUGAGUGCCAGUCCCCCAAGCUGACCACUUUCCAGGACAGUGAGCUGAGCAAUGAGCUGCAGGUGGCCAUGACAGGCACUGGCGAGGAAGGCACGGAGAAGCAGGCCAACCACGUGGGGCACUUCCGCGAAGGGGCGGCCUACCGCCACCCCUCCCGCCUCACCCGUGAGAAUAGUCUGAGCGGGAGAGCUAAACAUAUAAGCAGCUCCCAGGAGUUGCUGGGAGACGGGCCCAAAGCUGCUAGUGCUGCGAUAUCCAAGAGCCAGGAAUACCUGGCAGAGGACGGGAAGGAGGCCCCGGCCACGCUGCCCAAGGAGGUCCGCAGCCUCCGGCACGGCCACAGCAUCAAGAGAGCGAGCGUGCCGCCGGUGCCGGGCAAACCCCGGCAGUCCUUCCCCCCUGCUGCGGGCCGCUACACCCCGCCCCAGACCCCCACCAAGCCCCGCCCCUCCUCGCCCCAGACCCUCGGCGUGCCCCACGCCACGGCCAAGGUCAAGCCCACCCCGCAGCUGCUGCCCCAGUCGGAUCGCCCCAUGUCCCCUCGCUCGCUGCCUCAGUCCCCCACGCACAGGGGCUUUGCGUACGUCAUGCCACAGCCCGUGGAGGGAGACGCCCACGCGGCCGGCCCCUUAGCGCAAGCUGUGCCCGUGCUGCCCGUCUCCGUGCCCGUGCUGUGCCUGCCGCCUCAGGCGGCGGACGGCCCAGAGGGAGGCCGGCCGAAGAAGAGGGCCCACAGCCUCAACCGCUACGCGCUGUCAGACAGCGAGCAGGAGCGGGAGGAGCUCCUGGCGCCCGAGGCCGGGCCCUACGCCACCGUGCAGCGGCGAGUGGGGCGCAGCCACUCGGUGCGGGCGCAGUCGGGCGGCGAUAAGAACGUCAACCGCAGCCAGUCCUUUGCCGUGCGGCCAAAGAAGAAGGGGCCCCCGCCUCCCCCGCCCAAGCGCUCCAGCUCGGCCAUCUCCAGCACCAAUCUGACAGACGAUUGCUCCAAGGAGGGGGAGGGGGAGGGGGAGGAGGGGCAGGGGCCCGGCCAGGAGCAGCCGCAGAGGCGGGCCAGUGACUUUGGGGGUGCCGUGGACACGGGCAGUGCUGGGAGCGUGAAGAGCAUUGCCGCCAUGUUGGAGAUGUCCUCCAUUGGGGGUGGGGCCCGGGGUCUCGCCAUGCAAAAGCCGCCCGGAGCCGGGAACUACUUGCACCCUGGAGUCGCUGUGCACCCAGCCAGCCCAGAACACGCCCGCGUGGCCGCCGUCCUGGCCACUGUCAAGCACAAGGACGCCAUCGGGCCAGAUGGUGAGCUGGUGAACCGCCGGCGCACGAUCAGCGGCCCUGUGACAGGGCUAGUCGCAGCCGCUCGCCUCGAACGCUCGGAUAGCAUCAAGUCUGACACUUCCAGAGAUGGCAGCGCCAUGGAGCGGCUGCGGGCAGAGCACGGCGGAGGAUCUCCACAGCACGGUUCUGGCGAAAACAUUCCCUUCGCUGAGGAGGGCAACCUGACAAUCCGGCAGCGGCCCCGGCAGAUGGGCGUAGCCAAGGCGGACAGCGGGGAGGCCUUGCCACUUGCCCACCGGCACGGUGACCUUUCCAAGGUGGAGGCCAGCGCCACUCUCAAGAGGAGAAUCCGGGCAAAGCAGAGCCAGCAGGACAGCAUCAAGUUCAUCCUCACUGAGUCGGACACGGUCAAGAGGCGGCCAAAGUCAAAGGACAAGGAGCAGGAGCCAGCGCCGUUGUCGGUCUACCAGAACGGCACGGCUACCAUCAAACGCCGGCCAGCCUCGGAGCUGAGCGGCGUGGAGGCGGCAGCCUCGGCUGACCAGCAGGAGAGGUGCGAAUAUACGCCAGCCCAGCUCCCUCCGGAAGGUGAAUCGAAGAAGCCAGCCAAGCCGCCGGUUUCACCCAAGCCUGUCCUACCCCAGAAAGUCUCUGGGCCUCCCACCCCAACCUCCAAAAGGGCCCCAAUUCCUGGCCCUGGGAGUCCAGAAGUGAAGCGUGUCCACGGGACCCCCCCGCCAGUCUCUCCGAAGCCCACACCACCGCCCACUGCCCCCAAGCCCAAGGUCCACGCUGCCCUGCAGUCGGCGAGCGCCAGCUCCACGCCCGCACCCUCCCCGGCCAAGCAGCUGGCCCCCACCAUCAAGCCUUCCAGCACUCCCCCCUCGCUCUGUUCCAGCCCGGCUAAGCCCUUGUCCCCUGGAGGGGCGCCCCCUCAGACCGUGCCGGUCAAGCCGCCCCGCUCCUCCAUGGCCGGGCCUUCGGUGGAGAGCGUGAGCACGGAGAGCGUGCAUCAGAAGCUGGAGGAGACCAGCGCCUCCCUGGCUGCUGCACUGCAAGCGGUGGAGGAGAAGAUCAAGCAGGAGGAUCGGCAGGUGGCAGACUCUGCUGCAGAAUCCAAGAGCACAGUCAGCAUCCUGGAUGACAUUGGCAGCAUGUUUGACGACCUGGCCGACCAACUGGACGCCAUGUUGGAAUGAGAGCUGGAAAAGGAUCCCGGCCAACCUCAGGACCUGCCGUGGGCACAAGGGCACAAUCAUCUCCAGGAAGACCUUUUCCCUUUUCCCUCCCCUACGUCUUUUGAGGUUUGCACAAAGACCGUACCAUUACCUCAGGAUUGUGCUGAAACAAACUGAGAGGCUGGGGAAAGGCUUUUCUUGGGACCAGUUUUGCGGAAGAAAAAAAAGAAGAGGAAUCCCUCUUGUGUUUUUCCCCUACCUAAACACCUUUUGACCUUGGGGAAUACAAGGGGACUGCAAUUCUCCUUCCAAACAUGAAGUAAGAGGCCAACAUGCCUGGUUGUGGGCAGGAGCUGCCAUGAUCUGAGAGAUGAAAGUGACCUUCAGACUUUCUCCAGCACAGCUUUCCAGGCAAAUCUGCUCAGAUUUAGUCGAACUUGCAUCUUUUUUUCAUUUGAUUUGGAAAGUGUUUCCCGUCCCCUCUCUUCAGAUCAAUCCCCGUUCGUUACAGUCCCAAUAUGUUACCAAAAAUAUGUGGCACAAAUAAGUAUUAGUCUUCUCUGGUUCUCCAUGUUUUCUGUUGGGUUUGGAAUUUCGUGAAACUCUUUGCCUUCUGUGUUGGGAACGUUCCUCGACUGAGCCCUGCCGUUCUCCCAGGUGGUGCCGCCGUCUCCAUCCCUGUGCCCGUCUGCCAUCAUCGGGAAGCGCUGGAAGAGGCGGGGUGGCAACGCCCCAAGGGGAAGCCGAGAGGCCAGGAGGCUUUUGGCUAGCUGCAUGCUCCGUUUCUUUGUCCCGAAGGUGUUCGUCUUCUUCUGGUGAUGAUGAAGCUGUGACUGUGAGACGUUUAGUUCUGUUAAUGAGUCCCAUUUGAGAUAAUAAUAAGCUCUUUUUUCCUGUUAGUUUGCCUUGGAAAGCACCGUUCCUGGCAAGAGCCGUGCAAAAGCUUUGAUACGUUUGCAUGAUUGAUACAGUGUUGAAACGCGAAAAGAACAAAGGAAAAAAAAAUAGAAACAUCCUGGCUAAAACCCCCCUGUAAAUAUCCCCUGGUGGCUUGCGCAGCUGCCGUAGAAGAUUAUUUAUUCCCAAUUACUUAAAAAAAUAUAUCUCUAGGUAAAGGACAGUUCUGAGCAUGAGGGACUUACGUUGCACUUUCUCUUUGCUUCAAGGCACUGGCUUCCAAAGAGUUUGUCACGGAUGGAACAAUUUAGCCUUCCUGCAGUGAUUGUUCCCAGAAGAUCAAGGGGGGGGGGGGGCAGAGUUAAGUACGCAGUGGACGGACAGAGGCAAGAGAGAGGCGAUAACAAGCUCGUGGGACCUCUGAUGGUGGAGCAGCAGUGUUGGGCAGGGGCCAAUGGCGGCACUGAGCUCUAGCAGGAGGUUGAUGAAACAGGACCCUCCGGCCCUUUGAAUUCCUGUUAUUCCAUCUGCAACUGCAGUUGCAUCCCAACAACCCAAGUUGGCUUUGCCAAGGUGAGUGAAUUGUAACCGGGGUGGGAUAGGAGCCUCGGACUCUUGACUGCCAUCUCAGCUGCAAUUCUUGCCUUAGUAGGCCUUAGACACAUGGCCUACUGGGUUGAUGCAGGGUGGCCUGCCAGCAAUCAGCUAGGACAGGAUGAGUGGGAAGAGAAAGCCCUGCUGCGGCAGCUCUGUUCUGGGUUGCACAAGUCCCAGAAGAGGGAAAUCUCCCAGCAGGGUCAGCGAUUUUUGUGUACCAAGGAAGGGCAGUCUGAGUGUGGGCAGCUGUGAAGAGUGCACCAGAGGUUAUACAUCAUCUGUUUAGGAGCAAACAAAUUUUGCUGUAUCCUCAACCAACCUGACAGCGUUUGCUUUUUGGAGAGAGGAAACCGCGGGAGUGGGCCGGCACUGUUCUUGCCAGUGCUGAACUUUGUGUCUUGCUCAACUUUCCUUUGGCUUCUGGCUCUUGCAAGGCCUCUGUUGCUCUGGAGUUUAAGGGAAGCUGGGAUGGCGUGGGGGUUCGGUCUCUAAUGGCAGGCAGGUUCCCCAGAGGCAGCAGGUCUGCAGCAUGGAAGGACUGUCCUUGGUCCCCGCAAAUCACUUCCCAUCGCUCUGGGUUUGGUUGCAGUAGAGAUAUUUACACACUGCAGGUAGUUAUGGAAGGAGAGCCAGUCUCUGAAUGCCAAAACAUCACAGGAGUAGCAGAUCUGCUUGCUCGAGAUUGGCCCACAGCUGGUACAACCGGACAUUCAAGGGCUUCUGAGCUUCCUGGCUGCCUCUUCAUGGGCCUGUCAAGCACAAUCUGGGAAUCUCCCGUCAUGGAUUACCCAUUUCCUCCUCCUGCUGCAUUCUCUCUUAAGCAUCAGCUGCUCUGAUCUUCCGUCCCGUGGCAUUUUUUGGAAUGUGAAACUGCCCCUACAAGAACACUGUUGUGUUUUAACCUUAAUGGUGAGAUGUAGCAUUUUACCAGAAGGAGUAGCUUUACUGGAAACACAGAUCAUAUCAGAACAGACGUUGACUCGCUUGUCAUGCACAGUUCCCUAAACUCCCCAGGUGCAUUUUGUGCCCGUGAGCUUGCAUUAAACCCAGUUUUAUUGUCCUCUUGGGCUUGAAGCUGGUGAUGGGCAUUCUUAAAUCUUUGGUUAAUAUCUCAAGGUUACUUGUUUGCUGUGAUGAUCAGCCCUUAAAAUCCGCCAUCAAGGGAAAUUUCAGAGGUACUGAGAAGGAACUUCUGCCAGUAACCAAUUAUUUUUGGCAGGUAGGGUGCAUUUCCUAGUAUCCAGCCUAGACUGAUGUUUAAACGUUAAGCUGGUUGCAUUUAUUCCUACCCCUGUGGGUAUUCUUCUUAAUUAUGGUGGGUUUAUAUUUCCACUCAUAGGUCAUGUAGUUGUAGUUCGAAUCCUCUCCCAUUUGUCUGCAUCUUCCUUGCCACUGAUGAUAGAACCAGUCCCAGCGUACUCGCAACCAUCUAAAGAGAGUUCUGUGAUCGCUUGGGGCUUGCCUAUGAUGGAAUCUCCACCCACCCACCCAUUCUUUUUAACAGUGUUGCUCUGCUGUUUUACACUUGACACAUCCUCUGUGGUGAUGUUUACAUUUAGCUCACCUGGCUGUAUAAACUUUGGGGCCUUUUCAGUGAUAGGAAAGCCCAGUGUGCUCUCUCCCUCAUUGCAGCAAGACUGCCUCAUGACCAUCUUUCUCUAAAUUUCACUUCUUAAUGUUACGUCUUCCCCUUGGUCAACAGCACUGCAAGCAACAGGGAGUGAGGGAAAGAGGAGAGCUACCAUUUCCCUCGGGAACUCAGUUGCUAUGUCCCUCGGACUUCCUCUUCCAUAAGGAACCUCUUCUGUCCUCCAAAAGCAGCAGGGCCUUCCUGAGCAUGUGACUCCUUGGGAAAUUGUGUUCUCCAUGUUGUUUUCAGGGCCAUGUUACGAAACUCCAUACCUGUAUGCGAAACAUUGAGCUUCCAUGCCUCCACCUUCUCUUAGGACCAUAACCAUACUUGUUAUACCACCCUAACCUCCAACAUGGGACCCACUUUUAAUUUUUGCAACCAAGUAUGUCAGGUCUUUUCCUUUUCUUCUUUCCCUGCAUCUUUUUCUGUUUAAGAAAAAUCCAGAACAAAAAAGAAAAUGGGACCAGUGCCCACUUUGGCUUGGGGUAUGACUGACUCAUGGAUCCCAACCUGUCAGUUCAGAUCAACAUCUCAGGAGAAGUUCUUCUUAUUCUCUGCCAUAACUACGUUUUUGGGCAAGAGCAUCAAGCUCUUUUAGCCCACUACAGCUUGAUGCCUGUGUUCAUCAUAUACACCCAGCAUAGUUAGUGACAGGUUAAAAGAAACCAGUUGGGAUUGGUUGUUAACUUUAAUAUUACAUUGUUAGAGGUCUCCUAUUGAAACAGCCAUGUUAAUGAAUGUUCUUACGUGUGAAAACAAAAACAAACUAUUCCUUUGGAGGGUGAUGAAAGGGAUAAGAAUAAUAAGCUAUAUAAAGAAGUAUUAAUUUAUUGGAAAGAAAUUAUUUAAGAUGAAUUUCCCCCCAGAGAUAAUUAACACAAAAGGAAAGGACUUUAAUAUAUAUUAAAAAGAUUUUAAAAUAUUAUCAAUUGUAUAUUAAACAGUUUUAAGAGAUAAAAUGAAAGAACUGGAGUUUAGCUUGACUAUUAGACUUGUAAUAAGCUGUGUGUCUUGUGGUGAGAUCAUUUAAAAGAGUAGCACAAUGUUUAAAAAAGGUACAGUUUCUCUUCUUUUCAAAGUGUGCAAAAACAUUAUGUUUCUGUUAUAUGGGCUUUUUGUUUGCCAUUUUGUUUUUACAGUUUUAAUGAAAAUCAAAGGAUGUGCCUUGUUUUAUGAAUUUUUGUUCAAUCUCAUAUCCGAUAAAUGUGUGUUCUUUUCUGUAUGGUGUUUGCUUUUUUAAGUUGGUGUGUGUGUGUGUGUGUGCCCAUGUGUGUGUGUGUGUAUGUGUAUGUAAGUAGUUAACAGAUGCACAGCUGUAUAUUGAUGUACAAAUGGGAGUCAGUCCAGUUUAAAAAAUGGCUUUUAAGUCUGGAAUGCCAUCUUGCCUGGUUCCCUUGCGCUGUGGUUUUUGAGACCCAGGUGUCGCUGUGUGAUUGGGGGCACUCUUGCGUUUUGUUUGACUACAGAUAGGUCUGUCUUUGCUGAUCUCCAAAAUGUGUCUGGCACAACUUUGAAAUUUCUUAAUUAAAAAAAUAAAAAGACAACAUAAAGAUACCUGUUGUAAAGAGAAACAAAAUGUAUCUUAAAAGUAUUCCAAGAUUCUAAUGCUGGAUAUUAUACAUAUUAUAUAUAUAUGAUAUAUUUUUAUUAUUAAGUUAUGGAAACUGUAUUGUAUUCCCAUUCUGUCAGAGCUAUGCAUCUAUGCAUCUUGCUGCCAACCUCCUUUUCUUGCUUCGUGCAUCCCACCUGUAUGAUUAAUAUUUGAUGGCUUUUUGUGGUGCUGUAAAGAAUUUUGCUCCUAUUUAAAAAAAAAAGUGUCUGGCUACAAAUAUUUAAAGAAAAAAGAGAAAGAAGCCCUUGCUUGUCACUAUUACACGUACAUGAUAUUGACUGCAAAAGAAUAUUUUUUAUUAUUGAGGUUAGAGAGAAAAAAUCCCCGCCUCAGAGCCAGUUCUGAGAGGUGCCGCGGUGCUGCGGAACUGGUUCGUGCUGCAACGGACAGCCCAGGUAGGUGGCAACUGUCGACGCACUUCUG